CGCACGUUAGGAGGCUGAUGAUGUUGAUCGGCAUCUGGAAAAUCGUCAGUCCCGAGACCUCCAGUUUCCGAAAACGCAUCUAUCAAGUGUACUCGGUGUCGUUCCACGUAUUCUGCUAUUCGGCGGCUAUUUCGUUGCUGGCUGAAAUACCGACGUUGGCAAAGUCCAACAUGGUUAUUGCAAUGGACAACGCGAACAGGUUCACGGUCUACGUCUUCAUCAUCAUCAAGAUGAUCGCUUGGCAAUCAAAACGGAUGGUGGAUCUGCGCGCGGUCGUCUUACGGCAAGACUCGGAAAUGCUAGCCACUUCUCAAAUAGACCCUGUGGUCGGCAGAUUGUAUAGACGACACGUAAAGUACAAUCAUAAGUUUAUAUUCGUUCUCGUCGCAUCUGGGACAGUAAUACCGAUUACCAUCCUCGCUGUAGGGCGCAUUUUAGGAUGGGUAAACAUUUACCAGUUCAUGCAAUCUCCUGGACACUUCAACGCUACCGAAAAACCGUUGCCUCAACCCUACUGGUAUCCAUUCGACAGGAAUGAGCACUACCUGGUCGCCUUAGUGGACCAAAACGUCAGACCCACGCUCAGUUGUUUUUGUCUUGGUGUCACGAGCGCAUCGCUGAACUCAUUGGCGAUAUUCGUCAGGGUUCAGUUGAAAGUCUUACAGCAUUAUUUCCAACACUUCCACAGGAGUCAAGAAAAGGUCAUCCACAGACUGAAAUUGUUAUGCGUGAAGCAUCAACGCUUGAUAACAUAUACUAAAGAGCUGAGCGAAUCGCUACAAUACAUAGUGCUUCUGGACUAUACAGUAUCAUCGGUAACAUUCGCAUUGAUGAUAGUUCAAAUUACCACAGUAAGUGAUUUAGAACAAACCGAGACUACCCUAAAACGAUUCCUUACCCAGGGCGAGCAAUUUCUAAUUAAUUUCGUCAUUUUAAUAUUCACCACACUGCAAUUAUUGACUUUUUCUUGGAACUGCAACGAAAUAAUAGUGCAGAGUAUGGAGCUGGCGAAAGCGCUUUUCGAAAGCGACUGGUACGACCAGGGUCGAUCUGUGCAAAAGCUGAUUUACGUAAUGAUGAUGAGGUGCCAGAAGCCGCUUUAUUUACGUAUAGGAUGGUUGGGAGUGAUGGAUCUGAAUGCAGGAAUAUCGAGGCUGAAGCUGGGAUACUCUUAUACGUCCAUCAUGAACAACUGAUAACAGUAUGGCUCUAAUUCAACAUACGUUUAAAUUUAAUGCACACCAAGUUAUAAACCAAAAUCAAUAUAUUAAUUUGCU